AUGGUAGCACCAGAUCAACAUGGUACUAGUAUUUUACGACAACAGAAAGAUGCUAUCGUUGCUGACGAAAUUUUUUCUGCUCGAGGAAACGUGGCCGAGAAUCUGCCUUUACAGCAGAAUAAUAAAGGGAUUAUUUGGCAAAUUCACGUCCACUUAACACAUUCAGAAGUCAAUGAAAAAAGGUACAACCAGAUACCACCAGAUAUUACAUAG